AUGGCCGGACCCCUCGAGGCUCUGCCGACUGCUACCAUCCUACUCCGCAACGCCACUCGUGCAUUAAACCCUCGUAUUCCUCCCAUUGCCCGGCAAAGCAUCUCCAUACUCCCCUGUCGCAUAGCCAUCAUCUCGCGCGACAAACUCAGAAAAGAAUCAUUAGCCAAGAACCCCGAUCUACGCCGAUGCGUCGCACACAACAGUCUCCUCCGUCGGUCCAUGGAGGAAGCACACCAUAAUAUCCGCAGACGCAUGUCUUCACUUUACUUCGAGGACGACGAGGACGGCACUAUGGGGCGUCGACAACGGUCAGAGGGUCUUGACCGGAUGGCUUCUUCUUCUUCUUCUUCUCAGGAAAGCGACGGAAAGAAGCCGCUGGUUAAGUAUCGUCGCUACUACGCUCCCAGACUCAGAGUCCACCGUCCCGCGGGAUAG